AUAAUGGUUCGCACCAAACAAACGGCGAAAAAGUCCGCUCCAGCGCCCUCUAAACUGAGGAAACUGGAAGCGAAACGUAACUCGCUGAUGAAAAAACGAACUUCACAACCUGAGCAAAAGAUCAAAAAACGUCGAUUCAAGCCAGGUCAGAGAGCUCUUAUACAGAUCCGUAAAUUGCAAAGAACAACUGAUUUGCUAAUACCACGCGCACCGUUCAUGCGUUUGGUGCGUGAGGUUGCCAGACAGGUUGCACCGAAGAUGGUGGAUCUGCGAUUCCAAGCUUCUGCUAUCUCGGCAAUACAGGUUUGUCGCUCUCGUUUUUUGAAAUUCUGA